AUGAUUGUCAAGUUGGGUUUUCUACUCACUGCUUCAGUAGCAGCCUAUGCCAUUAAGAAGAAUAAUAUCAGUUCUUCCAAGUUACCAACUACUUUAACCAAGUUUUCAGGAAAUGUCAUCACAAGUUCUGAACAGGGCCAGGAAAUUGAGAAAGAGCAGUAUACAGAUGCGGAUUCUAGUUGUAUGCGAGAAGAGAUGGAGAAGGAAAAAGUUGAAAGAACAAGUGAUGUGAUGAACUUGAAGUUAAGCAAUCCUCUUGUUAUUGAAAAUGAAAACAUUAUUUUACCUGAAUUCAGAGAGCAACUUCCAGAUGAGAAAUAUGAUGCAAUGAACAAUUCCCAAGCCACGAGAGACAACCCAGAAUUCAAGGUUGAAAUGAGAAACUACAUGACUGAAACAAAACUGUUACAGAACAUAGUGAAGGAACUUGAGGAGAGGAAAGCAAAGCUUGAAGCAAAUUUGCUGAAAAACUAUGCCCUGAAAGAACAAAAGUUGGGCAUUUUUGAAUUACAGGGAUAUUUGAAAAUUAAGGCAAGUGAAGUUGACAUGAUGAACACCACAAUUAAUUCACUGCAAGAUGAGAGGAAGAGGCUUCAAGAAGGGAUUGCAAAAGGUGUAUUAGCAAAGAAGCAACUAGAGAGAGCAAGGAACAGAAUCAAGGGGUUGCAAAGGCAAAUUGAGAUUAAUGCAAAGCAGACCAUGGAUGGGUUACUAAUGCUCAAGCAACAAGUUACCAGCCUUCAAUCGGGGGAAACAACUACCAGAGAUGCUGAGAUUGAUGCAAGGAUCAAGGCUGUGGGGGUACUAGAGUUGGAAGUUUUGGAGCUCAGGAGGAGGAACAAAGAACUUCAUUUAGAGAAGCGGGAUUUGGCAAUUAAAUUAGUUGACAUCGAAGCUAGACUAACUUCUCUCCCCAAUAUGACAGAGGGCGAAGUGGUUGCUGAAGUGAGGGAAGAGAUAAAUAAUUUAAUGCAUGUUAAUGAUGCUCUAUCAAAUCAAGUUGAGAAGCUGCAGAAAAGCAGAUUCAGUAUAGUUGAAGAACUGGUGUACCAACAAUGGAUCAAUGCAUGCUUGAGGAAGAGUUUAAGCUCCAUAUCUCGAGAGGGGGUCAAGGAAACGUUCUCAGAUUACACAAGAUUGAACCACAAGCAGAGUGAUGUGGGUGUCAAUCGAGUUUCUGCUCAAUCAUCAUCAAGUGAGGGAGAUGAAUUUGACAAUGUUGCUACUGAUAUUUCUGCUAGCAGAAGGGGGUGCAUCAGUAAGAAGCCUGGUGUGUUACAAAAGAAAAAGAGGUGGAGGAAAAACGAAUGUGACAGUGAGGGCAUGACUGAAACAGGGAGGAAAAAGCAGCUGGAAACACCAAAUCCCCCACGAAAUAGGAGAGUUUCAUUUAGUGGUUCAUUAAACUCUGAACUUGAAUCAGUCCAAAUCCAAGGUGUGUUAGAGGACAAGCAUCCCGCAUACAAGGACUGGCACAAACUGGCUCUGGAGAUUGAAAAUGCAAUAAGGAAAGCUGAUAAACCCAGGGCAGAGGCAGAGAUGGCCCAUGACAGUCUGAAUUUCAAUUCAAGCUCUAGCUCUGAAGCAGAACUGGAGGGAGAAAAGAAUAAUGAAACUGAUGAAAAGUGCAAAGAUAACCACACUGAGAAGCACGACCAAAGGACGCUGGAGUUACGUCCUAACAACAAUAAGAAGGCCGAGGCACAUGUAGAUCUUUCUGUGACUCUUUUCUUGACCUUGCUCUUGAUGCUAGUAUUGUAUUACUUGCUUCUUGUUGCUGGUGUCUUUUAG